CCAUGGUCGCAUAGUAACCCCACACCCACCCCAAUGUAACCCACCCCCAAAACCCAAAGUUUCGAAGAGCAGACCGGAAAUAGAAAGGGGAAGAACCAACGGAGAAGCCCCCCUCUCGUCCACUCUCCCCCACGGCCGCCAUGGAGAAUCUCUCGAGCACGAGCACGAGCAGCUCCCCACUGAGCUACUAGGAGAAGUUGUUCGGGGUCGGAGCCAAGGAAGAAAACAAACCCAACCAUGGUGGUAGCCCCGGAUCAGCAGAGAGACGCCAAGAGCCAUCACCGGAGGCACACCCAGCUCUCCCCAUUCCCCUUCCCCCGGCCACCUCUCCCCUGAUCAAUCAAACCCCUUGCCUCUUCUUCCCCAAAUUAGCUUGGCUCGCCAUCGGAUUCAGACGUCACUUCUCUUUCCUUGGACGACGAAUUUCGCGGAAAAUCCCAUCGGUUCGGCAUGAGGCGACGGGUCGCGAACGGCGCCGGCGGCGGGCCCCCUGUUUUCCCGAUGGUUCCCUCUGAUGAUGGAUUUGGCGUGGGGAUGGAGGAUGAUGAUGCGGACGAGGACAUGGCGAUGUGCGGCGGCGGCGGCGGCGGCGCAGGGGAGAAGAAGCGGCGGCUGAGCGUGGAGCAGGUGCGCGCGCUGGAGGUGAGCUUCGAGAAGGAGAACAAGCUGGAGCCGGAGCGGAAGGCGCGGCUGGCGCGCGACCUCGGCCUGCAGCCGCGCCAGGUCGCCAUCUGGUUCCAGAACCGCCGCGCCCGCUGGAAGACCAAGCAGCUGGAGCGCGACUACGCCGCGCUCCGCCAGUCCUUCGACGCCCUGCGCGCCGACCACGACGCGCUCCGCCGCGACAAGGACGCCCUCCUCGCCGAGGUCAAGGCGCUCAAGGCCAAGCUCGAGGACGGGCCGGCGGCGGCGGCCGCGAGCUUCUCGUCGGUCAAGGAGGAGCCCACGGCGGCCGCGGCGGCGCAGGGGUCGUCCGAGAGCGACUCCAGCGAGGUGCUGAACAACGCGGCGGUGCUGGCGCCCGAAGACAAGACCACGCCGACGCCGAUGCACACGGCGGCGAAGGCGAAGGCGGUGGUGCCGCUGGAGAUGGGGCUCUACGCCGUCCACGGGCAGCAGCUGUUGCUGAAGGUGGAGGACGACGAGGCCGCAUUCCUCGGAGACGACGACGCGGCGUGCGGGGGAUUCUUCGCCGACGAGCAGUUGCCGUCGCUGCCGUGGUGGACCGAGCCCACGGACCCAUGGGCCUAGCUUAGCUAUCAGCCGCACAUCGUGACAUGGAAGAACUGGUGGUGGAGGAUGUCGAAUAAAUAAUUCCUAGGGGGUUUUGUGGCAAUGUACCUAGUCUUUCUUUGCUAGUAUAUAUUCCACCGUACCCAUAAAAAAACUGUACUACUAGCAGAAGACUAUGCAAAAGCUAGAAAUCUUAUUUUGGCUUUUCCUCUGAA